AUGAGGCCCAAUAAAUUCAUCAAGAGAUCCUUUAAACUCUUUAAAUUACUAUAUUUCAGGUGGUGGUCGCACUUAACCAACUCUUCUCAUUACACUGACGUAGCUUUGUAUGUUUUGCAAACGGUAAUGGCAUAUCUGUUGAUGUUGGUCUUUAUGACAUUUUCCGUAUGGCUUUGUCUUUCACUGUGCAUUGGCUUAGCCAUUGGCCAUUACCUCUUUGGAACUAGACGUUUCAAAACUGGUUGA